CGACUCUCUCCCUGGGAAGCGCGAACCUGGACCGCCCGGCGGAUCCCCGCCCGCCACCCGCUCCACUUUCUCUUCCUCCUCUUCCUCCUUCUCCUCCUCCCGCGGCCUCGCCGCCCGCCGCCAGGCUCCGCGGCCGCCGCCCGCGGCUUUGUUUUCCUCCAGGUUCCGUGCCCACACGUGACACCGUUAGUGCAAAGAGCGCUCGGAGCGCGAGCGUGGGGCGCGCGCCCCUAUAAAUACGGACACCGGGCCGCGGCCGGAGAGCGCGGGGGCAGGGAGCGGCGGGACCGACCGGCCGACCGGGGCCCGCGGGCCGGCAGCCAGCAGCCAGCAGCCGAGGAGCCGGGGAGCCGCGCGUGGGCCGGGGCGGCGGCGUCCCCGCUCGGACGCCGAGGGGCCAGCAUGGCCCGCCCGCGGGGGGGCCGGUCCGCCGCGCACGCCGCCCGCGCCCCGCACCCUGCCCAGCCCGGGCCGCCGGCGCUCGCGCCCGCCGCUUAGCACUGGGCGCCGCGGAAAUAUCGCCGCCUUUGGACACCAUGGCGGCGGCCGCCACCCCCGGCCCCGCCGCCUGCAGCACCGACGCCUCGGGCACCAGCGGAGCGCCGCCGCCGCAGCCCCAGCCCCCGCCCGCCGCCGCCGCGCCGGCCCAGCCGCCGGAGCCCAGGAAGCCGCGUGUGGACCCGCGGCGCCGCCGGGCUGCCCUCUCCUUCCUCACCAGCAUCUCGCUGGACGGGCGGCCGCCGCUGCAGGACGAGGAGGGCGGCGGCAGCGAGGACCGCGGCGCGAGGACCCGGCUCAGCCCGCUCGCCGCGGCGGGCACGGCGUUGCCGGAGGCCGGAGCGGGGCCCUGCUUCCCCCAGCCCUCCCCGCCGCCGCCCCCGGCCCCCGGCGGCCACGCCGCGCUGCCCGGCCUCGCCGCCUGCGCGCCGCCGCCCGACGGGCCGGAGGAACUGGAGGAGGACGACGCCUUCGCCGGCGCGCAGGGGCCCGCGGCUGCCUUCCUGGGCCCCGCGACCCCCGGGAGCGGCAGCGGCAGCCGGGGCCGUCUCGGCUCGUUCUCUCCGGGGAUCCUGCCCAUCGCCUUCGCCAGGCAGACCUCGCAGACCCUCUGCGCCCUGGAGGGCCCGGUCUGCGGCGCCGGCGCCCUGGAGCAGCUGCAGAGGUCCCGACGCCGGCUCCUCUCCCAGAGGUCCUCGCUGGAGACGCUGGAAGACAUUGAGGAGAACGCCCCCCUGCGGAGAUGUCGAACUCUCUCAGGUUCGCCCAGACCAAAGACCUUUAAGAAGAUCCAUUUCAUCAAGAACAUGCGGCAACACGACACGAGGAACGGCAGAAUCGUCCUCCUCAGUGGCAGGCGAUCCUUCUGCAGCGUGUUCUCAGUGCUGCCGUAUCGGGACAGCGCCCAGGCCGGGGACUUGAAGGCGGACGGAGGGAGACAGUCAGCAGGUGCCGUGAGCCUGAAAGAGGUCAUUGGCCUGGAAGGCGUGGAGCUGGGCGCUGACGGGAAGACAGUGUCGUACACCCAGUUCCUGUGGCCCACAAACGCCUUGGGAGCCCGGAGGGGCACCAUCGACUCCACCUCCUCCUUCUCCCACUUCCGCACCCUGAGCCACCGCAGCCUCUCCAUAGGGCGGGCCAGCAGCACCCAGGGGAGCCUCGACACAGGCAGCGACCUGGGAGACUUUGUGGACUACGACCCGAACCUCCUGGACGACCCCCAGUGGCCUUGUGGGAAGCACAAGCGGGUUCUCAUCUUCCCUUCGUACAUGACCACAGUGAUCGCCUACGUGAAGCCCUCGGACCUCAAGAAGGACAUGAACGAGACCUUCAGGGAGAAGUUCCCUCACAUCAAGUUAACGCUCAGCAAAAUCAGGAGCCUGAAGCGCGAGAUGCGGAAGCUGGCGCAGGAGGACUGCGGCUUCGAGGAGCCCACGGUGGCCAUGGCCUUCGUCUACUUCGAGAAGCUCGCCCUCAAGGGGAAGCUGAACAAGCAGAACCGGAAACUCUGCGCGGGGGCCUGUGUGCUGCUGGCGGCCAAGAUCGGCAGCGACCUCAGGAAGCACGAGGUCAAGCACCUGAUUGAUAAACUGGAAGAGAAGUUCCGGGUGAGCAGACGAGAGCUGAUCGCCUUCGAGUUCCCGGUGUUGGUGGCCUUGGAAUUUGCCCUUCACCUGCCGGAGCACGAGGUCAUGCCCCAUUACAGACGCCUGGUCCAAAGCUCCUAGCGCAGGCCCAGAGGCCAGGAUGUUUGCUGGUGCCAGCAGAGCUCCUAGCACAGGCCCGGAGGCCAGGAUGUUUGCUGGUGCCGGCAGAGCUCCUAGCACAGGCCCGAGGGCCGGGCACUUCCUGGUACCAGCAGAGCUCCUAGCACAGGCCCGAGGGCUGGGUGCUUCCUGGUGCCAGCAGAGCUCCUAGCACAGGCCCGAGGGCUGGGUGCUUCCUGGUGCUGGUGGAACUCCUAGCACAGGCCCGGGGGCCGGAGGCUUCCCCCAGUGGAAGAGCCACGCCACUGCUGGAGCUCAGCACACAGGACUCCUCCCAACGUGCUUGUGCAGAGGCUGCCGGGGACCUUUCCAGGAGCCUGGUCUGCUGGCUGAGAGUCCCUGGGAGCUGUGACUACCCACCGGGGGAGGGGAGGCCUGGGCGGAAGACACGGUGGCCCUCUGGGCUGUCCACCAGCAAGAGUUCUUACGGCCCCCCCCAACCCCCCCAGUUCUCCUCCCGGGCACACACAGACCUGCCGGCCGGUCCAGAACUCUCCAGACCCACGCCACGUCUGAGCGUCAAGCCAGAGCAGAGCAGGGACGACAGCGUGGACAUGUGGAGGGAAGCUUUACAAAGACGCCCUCGCAGGGUCAGAAGAGGGUGCCAGGGUGUCUCUCUACCAGUUGUUGGAGGGCACUGUCCCCGGGGGUGUGUGCCUGCGUGAGUGUCAGUGUGUCUGAGAGAUGCUGCCUCAGCCCUGAGCCCCAGCCAGCCCUGCCCCCUUAGCACAGACCUCGCCUGGGACUCCUCACCAGGGGACUCCUGGCCUGGGGACCCCUCGCCUGGGACUCCUCGCCUGGGGACUCCUCGCCUGGGGACCCCUCGCCUGGGACUCCUCGCCUGGGACCCCUCGCCCAGGGCCAUGAGCCAGGCUGGCCUUGAUGGUGGUUUCUGGAGAACUCUGAGUAGCCAUCGCUCUCUCAGUACCAGGUGGUCUGACAGCUGUGCCCCCAGAUAAAGACCUGGCUUCUGUCGCUUCCGCCCCCCACGGGACAAGAGCCAGUCCUCGUGUUGGGGUCCCGCGGGAAGGGUGCUGGCGGCUCCGCACCUUCCUGCCUCCGACCUCCGUGCAGGUGUUCACCCGCCCUUGCCCAUGGGGCCGGCGGGGCAGCGCCCCGCACUGGGCCCGGUGCUCUAUGUUAGAGUGCACGCUAGGCACUUUGUUGUGCUGUAUGUACAUACGUCACCGUGUUUUAUAAAAUCAGAACAAGGGUAAGACACGGCUCAUACCAGAGGCUUUUAGCCCCUGGCACCAGCUGCCUCGGGCUGAGCCUGUGCCCGUUGGAGAGGCGGCGAGCUCACCCCUGUGUUCGGGCUGUGCUGACGGCUGGGACUACCUGUACGUGACCAACCUGCAUUCACCGCCUGUAGUCACCACGUCUUCACCUUAAAGCCCGAGAGACGUGCCCACCAAGGUCCGCCCAAGGGGAAUGCCUGUGGCCGUGUAAAGAGAAUUAAAGUAUUUUAUUGUUUCUAUA